AUGACAGACACAGAUGCUCUUAAACGGUUUUGGGAAUUAGCCAAUGAAUUGACAACUCGACACGAUGCAAAUAACGAGCUUACGGCAGACAUUUUUAAACAGAUUGCUGAUCUAAAACAACGAACAGAAGGCAAAUCUCAGGAUCAAGAGCAGGGAUUCCUGUCAGCGAUCGAUUCUUCUACUACGGAUGCACAACCUUUGAACCAAUUUGAAGUAGACAAUGCGACUGCGACGCUCGGCUCUCAAUACAACACUUUACUUCAAAAAUAUCAGCGAACUAUCAGUCGAAACCAGCAGUUGGAAAAGGAUUGUGGUGAGCUACAGGCGCUGGUGCAAGAAUAUGAGAGCAACUUGUCAAAAGUAGCAGAGAAAUUACGGACGCAUACGGUGUCUACGACAGAAGGGUAUAUUCGUUUACGGAAAGAAUACGAGGCACUGUUGGAUGCCGAAAAGGGAACGACAGCAGAACUGAUGAUAGAAAACAUGACACUACGCCAACAUCUUCACCAAAUUGCAUCCAUGUUAAGGACAGCCUAUGACUCGCCCGAAGGAGACGAACAUGCAGCACAGUUCGCACAGCUCACCAUAGAGAACCAAGGCUUGCGGGAAAUGUUACAAAUCUCACAAGUAUCAAAGACAGGGGACAGUACAGCAUCAACAGAUCCAGCAGCGCCUGUUUCGAUCAAACAAGAACAGCAUGCAGAUGACUAUAGGACUUACUUUUAUUAA